GAAUCAUAUGACUGUGUUGCUUUCCUUUAGUCACGCUUACGCUGGGCUUGUACAGGAGGAGCGGCAUUUCUAGUAGGCAUAGUCUGCCUUCUCCUUCUGUAACAUUAGCUCUUGGUUCUUUUAAACAGCAAUUCGGGAUGCUGGCCCUUUUCAACAGACUUCUGGAUUGGUUUAAAUCCCUAUUCUGGAAGGAGGAAAUGGAGUUGACGUUGGUGGGGCUUCAGUAUUCCGGCAAGACCACCUUUGUCAAUGUCAUAGCCUCUGGCCAGUUUAGCGAAGAUAUGAUACCAACAGUAGGCUUCAACAUGAGAAAAGUUACUAAAGGCAAUGUGACAAUAAAGAUCUGGGAUAUAGGAGGGCAGCCAAGGUUCAGAAGUAUGUGGGAGCGAUACUGCAGAGGGGUCAAUGCUAUUGUAUAUAUGGUUGAUGCAGCUGACCGUGAAAAGAUAGAAGCUUCUCGAAACGAGCUGCACAAUUUAUUAGACAAGCCACAAUUACAAGGAAUUCCUGUGCUAGUUUUGGGAAACAAAAGAGACCUCCAAAAUGCCUUGGAUGAGAAACAGCUCAUCGAAAAAAUGUAAGUUAUCAGUGUAAUUUUUGGUAACAAUUUAUCAUAUGAUGCUCAGAAAAGGAGCCUGCAGUAAUGUAAGCAG